AUGUUCAAGCUUCACCGCCACCGCUCCUCCGACCGCGUCGGCGAGCGCUUCGACUUCAGAUUCUCCAACUUCCGCGCCGUCCAGGUCCCCGCGGUAUCAGACAGGCUCUUCCUAUCCAUAGUUUCAGUCGACAAUGGAAAAACAAUUGCAAAGUCCAGUAAAGUAGCUUCUCGGAGUGGAAUAUGCCAGUGGCCCGACACCAUCUUGGAACCCAUAUGGUUCUCCAAGGACGAAGUCUCCAAAGAAUUUGAAGAAUGCCAGUACAAGAUUAUUGUCUCCCUGGGAUCGACAAAAUCUGGCAUUCUUGGGGAGAUUUUUCUAAAUCUGUCUAAUUUUCUGAAUUUGGUCGAUCCAACCGCAAUUUCGUUGCCACUGAAGAGAUGCAACUCUGGAACAGUUUUACAGCUUAAGGUUCAAUGUCUUGGCACAAAGUCUAAGCUGAGUGGUGUCAGAUCAUUGAGGGACAUGGCUCCCCGUCACGAUGACCGUAGUCCAACGCCAACCAAUGAUGAGAUGGACAACAGGUCAGAUUGCUCCGAUGGUAUGUUCAACAAGGGUGUUCGUUCUUCAUCCGAAAAUCAUCUGGGUGGAACUUAUCAAGAUGAAUCUGGAAACAGGGAAACAAGUUUCUCUGCAUCAGGGUCCCAUCGGAGUUCUAAUUCUGGAGAUAGUACUGCAGAUAGAACAAACUUCUCUCCUAGAGACAACUCUAAUGGAGUACUUUAUGUGGGAAGGCAGGAUUCUGCUAGUUCCUAUGCUAGUUAUGUUAGUGCUGGUCGUGGUGAUGACGGGCUUAGAUCCAACAAUUCAUCUUUUAGUUCUCGGGCUUCAGGCCCAAGUUUGCUGCAAGGGAAUACUCCAAAAACAUUUUCAAAUGGCCUUUCUCAGUUAUCUAUGGGGGCAUCUGACUCAUCUAAAGAUCUUCUUGAAGCUGCUGAAGAAACAAUUGAGGAGCUCCGUGAUGAGGCAAAAAUGUGGGAACGCCACUCUCGCAAGUUGAAGGCUGAUCUAGAGAUGCUGAAAAAGGAGUGUUCUGAAAAAUCAAAGCAACAGGCUGAGCUAGCAGUUGAGCUGUCUGCUGCACAAGCUGAACGGGAUUCAUAUAGGCAUGAAAUAGAAGAAUUGAAGUCAUCCUUACAAGAUGUAAACACACAACAAAUAAUUACAGGAACACCUAAACGUUCAGACUGGAUAGACCUGCAGAAGGAACUUGAAGGUGAGGUUAAGUUUCUUAAAGAAUCGAAUACGGACUUAACCAUACAACUAAACAGGACUCAAGAGUCAAAUAUAGAGCUUCUUUCUAUUCUUCAGGAACUGGAGGAAACCAUUGAAGAACAGAGAGUUGAAAUAUCUAAGAUUUCGAAGAUCAAGCAGACUGCUGAUCCUGAGAAUGAGCUGUUAGUAAAAGAAGACAAAGAGUGGGCUAAGAAACUGUUAAUGAAAGAGGAUGAAAUCACAAUUCUGAGGGAGAAAUUGGAUCGUGCUCUCAACAAUGGAAAUGGAGGUGGUGCAGGUUCCAAUGCCAUUUAUCUUGAAUUGGAGAAAGAAAAUGAAAUUUUAAGGGCUAAAAUACAAGAGCUUGAGAAGGACUGCUCUGAACUAACAGAUGAAAAUUUGGAGCUUAUAUAUAAACUGAAAGAAAAUGGUCUGACAAAAGGUCAGGUUCCUCGUAUUUCAAACAACACUGAGCUGCAAUUCGAAGAGCUUACAUCCCGGAUUCAUCAACUAGAGGAGGAACUUAGGAAUAAGGAAAUGUUAAGAGACGACAGUUUUUCUGAGUCAUCAAUGUCUAAUGCAGAUGAGUUACAGAGAAAAUGUGCUGACCUUGAGCUGAAGCUGCUAAAUUUUAGGUCUCAAACCUGUGAGCUUGAAGAAAAGUUCCAAAAAAGCCAAGAGGAGCUGGAACAAAGAAAUCUCGAGUUAUCUGAGCUGAGAAGAAAGAUAAACGGUUUACAUUCUACUGAACUGGAAGUUUGUGAAUCUGGUGCGACAUGGAAGUACCAAUCUAGAAUAGCAGAUCUAGAGGAUACUGAACAACCUGAGACAGAUACACUAAAAGCUAGGUUUGAAUUGCAACUACAGGAAAAUGAUGACCUUCGGCGUUCCAAGAUCGAGAUGGAAAAUUUUAUUUCUGAGAUUCAGGCAGAGAAGAGUCAGCUUGUGGAACGCCUGUCCGCGUCGCUUAAAGAAAGCAGCAUCACAUCUAAAUGCUUGGAUGAAGUGCGGAAAGAUAUACUUGUGCUUUCCAGCAGUAUAGAUUCCCAUGUUUCAACCAAUAAGCUUCUUGAGAGGAACAUAGUUGAGCUAGAGAGCUGCAAAGCUGAACUAGAGUUGCAUGUAUCGGAGCUGGAACAGGAAAACAUAGAGUUGUCAGAACGGAUAUCUGGACUGGAAGCACAAUUGACUUACCUGACAAAUGAAAAGGAGUCAAGCGAGCUGCAGAUGCAUGACUCCAGAUCUCUCAUCAUCAAUCUCAAAGAUAAAGUAGAGCGUCAGCAAUCAGAGAUGGAAACUCAAAGGCUCGAGUUUAAGCAGAAACAACAAGAAUCUCAAAGAAGAUUGUCAGAAGCACAAGAUGAUUCUGAAGUUCUGAGAAGAUCUAAUUCUAAACUACAAUCUACGGUUGAGAGCCUUAUUGAAGAGUGCAGUUCUCUUCAGAAUCUAACUGCUGAUCUGAAAAAGCAGAAGUUGGAAUUACACAGUCAUCUUACGCAAAAAGAGCAGGAACUGGACGAGUCGAAAAAAAGAAACUUUGAGUUUAGCAAAACAGUGGAGUUCCUUGAGGCAAAGCUUUCAUCACUACAGAAGGACAUUUCUUCUAAAGAGCAAUCUUUAUUGUCAGAAUUGGAGACUAUAUUCCAGGAGCACAUGGAACAAGAAGAAAGAAUUAAUCGCGCGCAUUUCAUGCUCAAUAAGAUCGAGAAAGAAAAGACUCUUGAAGUAGAGAAUCUUGAGAGGGAGGUCGUCAGCUUCACUGCACAGGUCUCCUCCACGCACGAGGAGCGAGAAAGUGCCACUCUGGAUGCUAUUCGAGAGGUAUCUGUCCUGCGAGCAGACAAUGCUAAACUUGAGGCUAAUCUCCAAGACGUCAGUGCACAAAUGAGACAUUACGAGUCUCAGUUGGAAGACCUUCGUAAGGAGUCUAAAAAUAAGAUUAAAGGAUUGGUUUAUUCCCUUAAUGCCUCCAAACAAAGCGAGGAAAUGUUGACAUCAGAUGCUGAACAUAUGAAAAAGUUGAUGGAAACUGCUAAAUCCAAUGAAGAUGUGUUAAGGAAGACUUCUAAUGAACUAGAACUGAAGCUUAAAUCCAGUGAUUAUGAGAAACAACAGAUGCUGGAAGAAAUAUCUGGCCUGAAACUUCAGGUUCAGAAAAUAACGAAUCUUCAAGAUGAGGUUUUAAAACUUCAGAGUUCUCUUGAUGAGGCCAAGUUUGAAAAAGGGAAACUGGAGGAGUUUCUGCGCUCGGUGACUGAGGAUUGUGAAGAACUAAAAGCACAGAAGGCUAUGCUAACAGAUAAAGUUUCUGAUAUGCAGGAGACUUUGAGAAAUGGUGAAGAAGAAAAGCGAAACAGAAUAGCUAUGCAGGCAAAGCUCGUGAGGUUGGAGAGUGAUCUAUCAGCAUCAGAAGCAUCACAUGUACAUGAAGCAGAAUUAAAGAACGAACUCAGUAGGAUCAAGAGAUCAAACAGUGAGUACCAGAGGAAGAUACAAUCUCUCGAGCAGGAAAAUGAGGAUCUCACCAGGGAGUUCAAAUUAUGGAAAAGGGAGAUUGGAGGAGAUAACCAGGCAGCCAUUCAGUCAAAAAUUCAGUUACUGGAGACUAAGCUCGCAGAGGCAUUGGAGGAAAAUAAGAUGUACAGAGCUCAACAGAAGAGUCCGAUGCCUGAGGGGCAAUCUGCUGGUGGAGAUGGCAAGGAGGGUAAUACCGACAGGAUUUUGCAGUUGGAAGGUGAACUAAGAGAUAUGAAGGAACGAUUACUCAACAUGAGCUUGCAGUAUGCAGAGGUAGAGGCUCAGAGGGAACGAUUAGUGAUGGAGCUUAAAGCUAUCAAGAAAGGCAGGUGGUUUUAG